AUGUUGAGGGACCGAAUAAGGCAAGGGAAACCGAUAAUAGGGGCUGGGCGGUUUAGGAUCGUGGCGAGAGGUUCGUUAGCGGGGUUGUUACCGUUUGCCGAUGCAAAUGCUAUUGUGGUUGAAAUGGCUAAUGAAGUGCUGCCAGACUAUAAUGCAAAGCUUUCUGAUUUUGGACUUACAAAAGACGGCCCGGAAGGCGAUAAAACUCAUGUGUCUACUCGAGUGAUGGGUCAUUUGACAUCAAAGAGUGAUGUCUACAGUUUCGGCGUUGUGUUACUCAAGAUGAUAACCGGGAGGAGAUCAAUGGACAAAAACCGGCCAAAUGGCGAGCAUAACCUUGUGGAAUGGGCACGACCAUAUCUCGGGGAGCGAAGAAGGUUCUACAAAUUGAUAGACCCUCGUUUGGAAGGUCGUUUCUCAAAAAGAGGUGCACAUAAGGCAGCUCAGCUGGCUACCCUUUGUCUUAGCCGUGACCUAAAGGCUAGACCGCUAAUGAGUGAGGUUCACGAAGCACUGAAGCCCCUCCCAACCCUAAAGGACAUGGCGUGUGCUUCCCCAUAUUUUCAGGCCAUCCAGUCGGAACGUACUGGAAGUAAUUCAAGUAGUAGAAAUGGGUUGAAGGGGCAGCCGAUGAGGAGUUUAUCGAUUUUAAACUCGCCGUAUCACCUGAAUCAACCUUACCGGUCUCCAAAACCGGUCCAAUAG